GACUCUUCCAGCAAAUAUUGCAACACCACAACAAUUGGCUGCGCUAACGCUUCCCCCAAUGAAUGUACAACCAUUAUCAACUGUGAAAAUACCUACAAUUGUUAAUCCAAAUCUUAAGGCAAAAACUCCAACUUCUGAACACCCUCGGUCCGGAUUAAGAAGAAUACCGACCACGCCAACUGCUUCCACAAAUACAUAUACAAAACUUCCUACACCUACAGGAACGAGAAUAAUAAAAAGCGGGAGUGGUAUUGCAUCAUCCACUAAAGGAAAUUCUCGAGUUGCACCUGUAUCACCCAACAAAUCAUAUCAGAAAUCGACAAUAACAGGUAGAAAAAGCGCUACAACUCCUAGCAGGACAUCAUAUUCAAUUUCCUCCGUUGACAAAACUUCUGAAAAAGCCACAUCAAAAACAAAACAAAGAAGGCUGUCAAACUCUUUUAUGAACCUUUUCACGAGCACUUCCAAAAAUUCAAAUUCAUCCACUUUGUCUCCCAAAACAACGGUACCAACAACGAACGGGACGCCUACUUCCUUAAUGUUUUCUACUCAACAAAAAAAGAAGAGUAGAACGAUAUCUCAACCUGCUCAACCUGCUAUUACGAGUUCUUCAGUCACAAGCCUUUUAAGUUCUUCUGUUAUGGUUAACAAGAACUCAUUGAACUCUUCUUAUCCUAUGGAGUUUGAAUAUUCAUCAUCUGCUGCUAGUACCCCUAGCAAUUAUGCUCUUGCAAAUCAAGAUGACGAGUUUAAUACGACAAGCGGAGAAGAAGAAACUGGUUUCUUAUAUGAAACUGAAAAGAAAGAAAGAGAACGCAAAGAACGUGAGAAAGAACGUAAAGAACAAGAAGCACAAAUGAAAGGGACUCCUUCCAUGAGUCCUAACUCUGCUUUGAAAGCAUAUUCCCCUUAUUUAUCAUUGUAUGAACGUUCAGAGAUUUUGGAUUACCCGAACGUUUAUUUUGUUGGUCCUAAUGCUGCAAAAGCACCUGCGAGCCCGGAAUUGACUGGGUGUAAUUUUGGUUUUGAUGAUGAAAGAGGUGACUACAAGAUUAUUCCCAAAGAUCACUUAUGUUAUCGAUAUGAGGUCGUCGAUACUCUCGGUAAAGGUUCCUUCGGCCAGGUGCUGAAGUGUUUAGAUCACAAAACAGGAGAAUACGUAGCUGUGAAGAUUAUCAGAAACAAGAAACGAUUUCAUUGCCAAGCUUUGGUGGAAGUUAAGAUUUUGGAAUGCUUAAACAAAUGGGAUCCUGAUGAUACACAUAAUAUAGUUCACAUGAAUGAUCAUUUUUACUUUCGAAAUCAUUUAUGUAUCGCAUUCGAGCUCUUAAGUAUUAACUUGUACGAAUUCAUUAAGAGCAGUAACUUCCAAGGAUUCAGUCUUGGCUUAAUAAAAAGAUUUUGUGUACAACUUCUUAAUUCCUUGUCGUUAUUACAAAAGCAUAACAUUGUGCACUGUGACUUGAAGCCGGAGAACGUGUUACUUAAACAUCCUACGAAAAGUAGUAUUAAAGUUAUUGACUUCGGUAGUAGCUGUUUUGAAAAUGAGAAAGUAUACACUUAUAUUCAAAGUAGAUUUUAUCGAUCCCCUGAGGUCAUAUUGGGAAUGACAUACAAUAUGGCGAUUGAUAUGUGGAGUUUAGGAUGCAUUCUUGCAGAAUUGUUUACUGGAUUUCCAUUAUUUCCUGGUGAAAACGAGCAAGAGCAAUUGUCAUGCAUUAUGGAAGUUUUGGGUGUUCCAGAGAAGUACCUGAUAGAAAAGAGUACUCGGAAAAAGCUUUUUUUUGAUUCCAACGGCAACCCUCGUCCCGUUGCUAAUUCUAAAGGAAGACGCCGCCGUCCGAACACAAAGACUUUGGCGAACGCAUUGAAAUGUCAAGACCAAGUCUUCUUAGAUUUUAUCGCUCGGUGUUUGGACUGGGAUCCAGAGAAACGAAUGAAACCUGAUGAAGGCUUGAUGCAUGAGUGGAUUACAGAAGUGAAGCUUAGUACAAAGAACUACUUCACAAAUUACGAAUCUACGCGUCGUCAAACAACACCUUCUUCGAUUCCUGCAUCAAAUAGCGUCGCUUCUGGACGUCAUACAAAUACGUCCGUAACUGGGACGAAUGUGUUAAAAACACGAAGAGCUAUUCCAUAAGUCAACUAAGAUUUAUAUGAACUUAAGGAGUGAGUUACUAAGGAAUUUUUGAGAACUCAAAUUCUUCCAAUUGAUAUCUUCCGGAUCUUUCUUCUGUGGCUUAUUUGCUUAAGAUUUUCUUUACUUAUGUUAGCUUUUUUUUAGUUGUUUAGUAUGCAAAAUAUGCAAACCUAUAGUUUUUUAAUAUAACUAGAAAUACCUAAACAAACUAAAAAUAUAACAUUAUAUACAAUCAUCAAUUCUCUUAAGAAAAGAGAA